AUGUGGCAGCAAUUACUUCUUCAAGCAGGUCAAAAUUAUCCCUUCAUACGCCAUGCCAUUAUCGCUAUGGGAGCUCUGAACCGGGCCCUGCAAGAUGUAGGAAUGGGAAUUAUUCAACUAAGGCAGAGAAAUUAUAUGGAGGCGAAUGUUCCCAAAAAAGAUCUAUCUUUAAGGUUAAGUACUUUCGCUCUGGAGCAUUAUGGUAAAUUUUUGAGGGGUGCUAAAGGUCAAUUAUCAAUGUCAACGAAAAAAGAUGAAGCUAGAAAAGCCCUAAUAACCUGUAUACUGGUAGUUUGCAUAGAAACAAUGCAGUAUCACCAUGGAAACGCAAUCAUACACGCGCAAUAUGGACUCCGACUCAUGAUGGAGUUCACUAAUCGCAUUGUUGGUGCAAGGCAAAUAGAUGGAUUAUCGUCUCCAGAACCAACAGUCAUUGAAGACGAACUUGUCCAACAAUUUCAGAGGCUGGAGUUGCAAGUAAUGGCAACCUAUGACGCGAGAACACCUGAAGAUCAUUUUAGACUGAAGAAAGAAGGUUCCCUGACCCUUCAGAAUAUGCCGGCUGCCUUCCUGACCAUUGAGCAAGCAAGACUUUAUCUAGACCUCAUUAUGCGACGGGCUCACCAUCUCAUGGGGACUUCGGCCGCUUAUCGCCCCAGUUAUGAUAGCCACGCUGGAAACACCAAGCGAAAUCCGGAAACAAAUUUUACUGUUCCGGAGAUGACCUAUACAACCUGGGCUGAUGGUGUCCCGGAUGAGUAUCACAUCGAACAGGAGCUGUAUGAAGCAGAGAAUCGUCGCUGGUCGAAAGCCUUUGAACCAAUGUUCCGCAUGGCUCUAGCUAACAUUAAUCAUUCAAAAUCCAUACCAAUACUCUUGAUGAGAAUACAUUCCCUCAAUUGUACCAUAAGACUCGGUACUCAAAUGGCCUCUUCAGAACUCGUAUUUGACAAGUACUAUAACCAAUUUGAAGAGGUUCUCAAGUAUUCUGAAAUUUUACUCAACCAUCCAGAUGGCCUCCACUACUUUGGUGCAGGUAACCUAAAUAUGGAUAUUGGCCUAAUUUUUCCUCUUAUGACUGCAGGUCUAAGUUGUCGUGAUCGAUAUCUUCGUCGCAAAAGCAUUAGACUACUCACCAGUCGAUCGUGGCGCGAAGGUCAAUGGGGUAGUACAGGCUCUGCUAUUAUUGCUAUUUGGUUAAUGGAAGUUGAGGAGAACGGUGUCGAGGGCGAUUUUAUACCAGAGUGGGCGCGUGCUAAACUUACUGCAAUGGUAGCGGACUUCUGUAACCGCACUUUGCAUCUGUGCUGUAUACGCGGAACUGGCGAGAACGCUACUUAUAUUCAGACUAAUCGAAGUUGUGACGGUACCAUGUGA